AGCACCUGCUGCCUCCUGCAGCUCCAUGCGGGGGAGACGUGCCGGAGGAGAAGCAUAGCUGGUGCGCAAGGAGACGACGUGCCCAGUGGCCGCGUUCUGGUGGAGGAGCUGAGCUGCUGCUCCUGGAUGCGACGGGCCGGAUGACGAUCUGAGCUGCCGCUACCGGAGGUGACCUGCCGGAACAUCAACACAUCUUCUCCCCACCAUCUCCGCCAUCGGUGUUGUCCAUCCAUCUCAGAGCAAAAUUAGCCAACAACAAUGGCGAUUGUGCUGGAUGCGUUUGCUUCCUAUCUCGUGGACAUGCUCGCGCAGGUAGCAGCUGAUGAAGUGGGGACUAUGCUGGGCGUCUCCGGUGAGAUUGACAAGAUGGGCGACAGGCUCCGAGACCUCAAGAACAUCCUCGCUGACGCCGAUAGGAGGAACAUCACUGACGAGACUGUCCGAGAGUGGGUGGGGCAUCUCAAGCGUGCCAUGUACGAAGCUACUGACAUCCUCGACCUGUGCCAGCUUAAGGCCAUGGAGCAUGGAUCAUCCAGUACCAUAGAUGCGGGAUGUCUUAAUCCCUUGCUCUUUUGCAUGCGGAACCCCUUCCAUGCUCAUGAGAUCGGCACCCGCAUCAAGAAGCUCAACCAGAGGCUUGACGACAUCAACACACGGAGUUUUGCUUUCAACUUCAUCAAUAUUAGGUCUUAUGAGGAUCAUAGCAGCAAUGCCCACGCCUCUCGCCAUGGUAAUCCAAGUCGGGAGACGGCAGGGGACUUUGACCGGUCGGCUGUAGUUGGGAACAAGAUCGAAGAAGACACAAGAUCAUUGGUGGCCCAGAUCAUGCAGAAUGGAAAGGAGGUCAAUGAUGACAUCAUGGUGAUUGCCAUCGUAGGUGUUGGUGGUAUUGGCAAGACCACCCUUGCCCAGAAGGUCUUCAAUGACGAGGCAAUCCAAGGCGGGUUCAGUAAAAAGAUAUGGUUGAGCGUCAAUCAAAAUUUCAGUGAGGUUGAGUUGCUGAGAAGAGCCAUCAUCGGUGCCGAUGGAAAUGCCCAGCUGGCUGGAAAUGCAAAGGACGCUCUUCACCGAGCCCUAAUGCAUGCCUUGAAGGACCACAAGACCUUGCUGGUAAUGGAUGAUGUGUGGGACAAUGGAGCCUGGGAGUGUGUGCUCAAAAUACCCUUAGUCAAUGCUGUUGCUUCAGGUAGCCGGGUCCUCAUCACCACUAGAGAUGAAUGUGUUGCCCGAGGGAUGACAUCAACAUGGCCCUACCACUACGUCGACACGUUAGCGCCUGAGGACGCCUGGUCAUUGCUCAAGAAGCAGGUAAUCUCAAGCAAGAUAAAUGAAGGCCACAUCAACAAGCUAAAAGAUAUUGGAUUGAAAAUUAUACAAAAAUGUGGUGGUUUGCCACUUGCGGUCAAAGUAAUGGGAGGACUCUUGCGUAAAAGGGAGGUGCUACGUCGCGACUGGGAGCAGGUUUUUUAUGAUUCUAAAUGGUCAAGAACUAAAAUGCCCCAAGAGCUCAACCAUGCAGUAUACUUGAGCUAUGAAGAUAUGCCUACUUAUCUGAAGCAGUGCUUUCUAUACUACUCUAUUCUUCCUAAAAAUAAAAAGUUUAAUGUGCAUCAAGUUGUGGCCAUGUGGAUUAGCGAAGGAUUUGUUCAUGGAAACUCUAAUGAUUUAGAAGAAUUGGGAGGAAAUUACUACAAGGAGUUGAUAUCUAGGAACCUUAUAGAGCCAGAUAAAUUUGAUGUUAAUCAAUCAUGUUGCAAUAUGCAUGAUAUUGUUCGCUCAUUUGCUCAAUAUAUGACUAAAGAUGAAGCACUCGUAGUUCAAGACGGAGACAAUGUUAAUCUUACUAAACUUCAUUCAGAAAAGUUUCUUCGGUUGUCUAUAGCAACCGAUCAACUACAAUCAGGUGAACUUGACUGGACAUCUUUACAGAAGUACCAAUCAGUGAGAACACUAAUCUCAACUAUUCAGAUCAAGAUAAAGCCCGGUGAUUCAUUGCUUACUUUUUCUGGUCUGCGGACUCUACAUAUAGAAUUUGCAGAUGUGGCUGCAUUGGUUGAAUCACUUCAUCAACUCAAGCACCUGAGAUAUUUGGCACUACUUGAUACUGAUAUAUCUGUACUUCCAGGGAACAUUGGCAAGAUGAAAUUAUUGCAAUUCCUUAACCUUGGUGGAUGUGAAAAUUUGGUCAAUCUUCCUCAUAGCAUUGUGAAGCUUGGCCUGAGGUUACUCAAUCUUCCGCGCGUGAGUAUGAUACCUAGAGGGUUCUGUGGGCUCACAAGUAUGAGGAGAUUAGAUGGGUUUCGAGCCCACAUGGAUGGUGAUUGGUGCAGUUUGAAUGAGUUGGGGCCUCUUUCCCAACUGAGAUUUCUUGGAUUAAUUCAAUUGGAAAAUGUAUCCACUGCCUCGUUUGCUGCCAAUGCUAGGCUUGGUGAGAAGAUGCAUCUUAUUGACCUUGUUUUGGUAUGCACCAGUAGACUAGGAGAUGAUGGAUUGGUCAAAGGGAAAGAAGGUGCUUCUGAGGAAGAGAAGCGACGAAUCAAGAAUGUGUUUGAUGAACUCCGCCCUCCACCAAGUGUAGAAAAUCUUGUUGUCGAUGGGUAUUUUGGCCUGCAACUCCCGAGUUGGAUGAUGUCCACAUCGAUGGUGCCCCUCACCAACUUGAAGAAUCUAAUGUUUGAUGGCCUGGCUUGUUGCACCCAACUUCCCAAUGGGUUGUGUCAGCUCCCCUAUCUGCAGUCUCUUAUGGUCUACCGUGCUCCAUGCAUCAAGAUUGUUGGAAAUGCAUUCCUGCUGGCGGUAAUUGAUCCAUUUCCGAGGUUAAACAGGAUGGUGUUACAAGGAAUGGUGGAAUGGGAGGAGUGGGAGUGGGAGGAGCAAGUGCAAGCCAUGCCGUGUUUGGUGGAGCUUUCCCUCAAUAAUUGCAAAUUGACCUGUGUUCCUCCCGGCCUUGCCUCCAAUGCGAGAGCUUUGAAAAAAUUAGUCAUAGACCACGUGCAGAACCUCAGCUACCUUGAGAAUUUUCCAUUUGUUGUUGAACUUAGAGUGCAUGGAAUCCCUGACCUGAAGAGGAUCACCAAUUUCCCCAAUAUGCAGAAGCUUACUAUCACCAAGUGCCCAAAGCUGAAGGUUCUAGAGUGUAUCCCUGCACUUGUGAGGUUGGUCCUGGAGGAUUACGCCAUGGAAAAGCUUCCUGAAUACAUGCAGUACAUAAAGCCAAUGCAUUUGCAGUUAUUCUGCAGACCAUGGCUGCUCGCUUCAGUAGCUGCGGGACAAUCUGGUCUCGAGUGGGAUAAGUUUAGGCAUGUCGAGCAUGUUAAGGCAUAUGCACGUGCUAGAGGAAGGAAAUGGUACGUGAUAUACACAAGUGGAGACACUGGCAAGUUCGAUUCAAAUAUUAGCAGCUCUACGGUGUUUGAAGAAACCUUAUCAUCGUGUAUGGUGGAUACACAAGGAUUUGAGUCUGCAUACAAAAUGAGAAGCACCACCUUCAGUUACAUCUGCAGCUUGGUGAGGAUCCCAUUUUUUGAAGAUAUGAUGGCAAGGGAUCACACAUUUGUUGAUGGGAGAGUGUUGUCUUUGCAAGAUAGAGUAACUAUUGCUCUGAGAAUGCUGAAGUCUGGUGAGUCACCCGUUACCAUAGGGUCCUCUCUUGGUGUGACCGAGUCAACUGUAUCGGUGGUAACUCAGGUGUUUGUUGAGGCUAUGUGUGAACGAGCAUUGCACCAUUGUAGCUGGCCAGGCUCCUCUAAAAUGGACAAGAUAAAGCAGAAAUUUGACAAGAUCCACGGCCUGCCAAACUGCUGCGGUGUUGUACAUACAGAUCACAUCACAUUUGGAUCACAAAACCGUGACCAUGAGGAGAAUGGCGUUGUCCUAAUGCAAGCUCUCAUUGAUCCAGAUAUGAGGUUCACAGAACUUUGGUUGGACUAUGAUUUCUUGGCUCUCUCGAAGUACUUUGAGAAGGGUGCUUGGCUGAAUGGCAUUAAGCUGAAGGUAUUAGAUGAAUCGGAAGUUGGGGAAUACAUCAUUGGUGAUGCAGGAUACCCUCUUUGUCCCUAUCUCCUCACACCUUAUCAAUUGGAGGACGGCCUCCCACUCUCAGACUCCAAAGUGGAGUUCAACAGGAGGCACUCUGCAGCUACAGGAGUCACGCUGAGGGCGUUGACAAGGUUGAAAGACACGUGGAAGUGCCUGCAGGGAGGAGGCUGGCAUCCAAGUAAUCAAGAUGAUCUUCCGUCAAUAGUCGGCACGUGCUGCCUGUUGCAUAACAUAGUGAUAGACAUGGAGGAGGGAGGAGGUAUCCCGGCCUAUCUGGAGGAGAAUCGCAGUGAGCAAGUGCGACAUGUAGCAGAAGAGGAUGCCGUGGGGGUGAGGGAUGCACUGGCCCAGCACUUGAUCGACUCUGGAGUACACACAAUGGCAGCAGAGGAACAAGAACCACUAGUAGUUGCACCCGGAACCAGUAGUAGAAGCACACCGAUGACAGACAACCAAUCGAGGGAAGGAGAAGAUGCUUGAUUGCUAGCUAGCUAGGGAGGUGAGAUCAGAUCGUACUCUACACUGUAUCAGUUUGUAGUGCUGCUCUUCUUUUUCGUGUGCUAUUGACUGCUUCAAGUCGCGGUUUUCUUCUUAGUUCAGUAUUUUGUCAUGGCACUAA